UAUUUUUAAAAAAACAUUUUAAAAUAAUUUUGAAAUUUAAAUAUUAUCUAUUAAAAUCAUUUAAAUUAAAUACAAAAAAGUGCAUUCAAUAGUACAUAUUUGGUGCCAACUUUGAAAGAAAGAAAGCCACUGAAUUGGUGGCAGCCACUAGCUAAGCACAUGGGAGUAGAGGAGUUAUGUAUUUAAGCCAGCUUUUGACUGCAGAGAGAAUAUUUUCUUCAUUUCAGUGUAUUCAACUAGUUCAGUUCAGUGACUAGUUCAUUCAAAAUUUAGAAGCCAAUUAGGAGUUGAAAAAGCAGGAAAGCUUGUUAUUUUCUCUUCCAAUUUACGAAUAGAAACUAGGUGUGAGAGGAUGAGAUCUACUAGUUCUAAAAUCUUGAAGGACACAGCGAUCAGAAAUAAUCGGUUCAAUUCACUAACUGCAGAUAAUACUUCAUAAACAGGUUAGUUUUAAAUGCAAAAUAUGUUUUGAUAAACUUUUUGGUAUGCUUUUUUUCCCCUUUUGUUUCCAGCACAUUUAUUUAAUUAAAACAAGUAAAAUGCAGUUUUUUAGCAUUUUAAUUGAAUUUGCAUUUCCAUCCAAAUAGGACUUGACACAAAUCACAAGUAAAAUAAAGUUAAUCACCAGACAGUGAAUAAGAAAUGAAUCAUUUGCCAUUUUCAAAAAUUAUAAAAAUGAAGAAUCUGAAUAAUUGUACGUUAAGCUAUAUAAUGUAUACAGCUAUAGUGUACCCUCCUGGUUAGUAGAAAGAAGCACCAAAUUUAGAGUAAAGGCUAUAUUUAGUUGCAAAUCAACAUGGUUUAAUAGUUAUCAACCUGUGAGAAUCAACGUUUCUUCAGGAAAAUAACUGAAAAGUACAAAUUCAAAACAUGAUGAAAAUUGAUGAUUUAAAUCAGGGUUUCCUAUUUGCUGAUUUAAAUUAAUCCAUCCUGUCACAGAGGAUCCCUGACAAAACUCCUUCCAAGUUCCAUUAACGCCCCCACCCCCAAGUUUGGAUAAGUUUGGAUCUGGAUUUGAGCUUUAUAGUUUAGGCCCAUCUCUACAAAGAAUGAUACAAAUUUACUAGCAUAAAUGGGCGCAACCACACUGAAGUCAAUGGGCGUAUGCCAGUGACUUUGGCCAUAUAUCUUUAAGCAGGAAGCACUGAGGUGAAGCCACCUCUGGGGUGGAACGCAAGAGCUAUUCAGCAGCAUGCAGCAAUGCUGCACUAAGCUUUAGGACAGGAAGUGAAAGAGCAUAUAGUAACUAUUGGAAACUUUUCCCUUCUUUCCCCAUGGUCUAGUGAGAUUCUAGAGCUACCUUAAAUAAGCUCUUGCUGUGACUUUUAUCUUGGUCUUUGCAAGGUAGCUGAAAGUUGACGUGAUGACAGCAGAUAAGGGUAUUCUCUUUGAAGCUCAUUGGUUGGUUCUGUGGAAUUUUUUUAAGUCAGUCAUUCAGCGAUACAGCUGACAUAAGCUGAUUAUUCCUUCCUGAGCUUGUACACCACAGACGAGACUGGAGAGGGGGGGAGCGAAAAGGGGGUCAGGCGGGGCAAACGUUCUCUCACAGCCAGUGCAGCUUUGCUGCCUUUCCCGAUGGGAGCUGGGUAAUAGCCGGGGUUGUAACAGGCGUGGACUCCUGCUCUCAGCGACCUUGAGAGAAACCAAAUGAAAACCUGGAUAUUAAUUGCCCCACCCCUUAGCCUUGGAACGGUGAGAAAAGUUCAAUGCCCCACAUGGUGGGGCUACUUCAGCACCAGCUUAUAUAUUAAACCAUUGUAUCAAAGGCAAGCCAUGUUUUGCGAAGAAAUGUAACCAGAGGAGAAAGGACACCUGUGCCUUUGAGAACACUGAGGGAUUCCUGCGUGGCCUGUCACUCUUUGCGCAGGGACUCUUAUGCCGUAGCCUGAGGAGCAGGUCUUUCUGGUUUUCGCUGAGCUGGGGGAAGCUGGAGCAGGGGUGGGAACAUCAGUAUUUAUCCACAAACAUCUCAGCAAUCUUCCUUUCUUCUCUUUUAAAUUCUUCUGGAUGUAACAUGGAGAAAGAGCUUCCAUGAGGCUCCUCGCAGUCUGAGCUCAACCAAGUCAAGCUGAUUUUGGAAGAUAAGCUUGCUGUGGUCCUCUGGAAGGGAGAAGGAGAAGAGGAAACUAAAGGACUGUGGCUUCACUGCUAGGUUGGGGAGAAGCGUCUUCAAACUGUGGAGCAAGCAGCUGGGCAUGUGAUGCGUCACUGGGAUGUGUUUCGGACAAUUACAGAAGUUUUUAUCUUGGUUCCUGCCCUGGUUGGCUUGAAGGGUAACCUUGAAAUGACCCUGGCAUCCAGACUCUCUACUGCUGCUAACACUGGACAGAUGGAUGAUACCCAGGAACAGUGGAAAAUGGCCACCUGCAAUUUAGCCCUGAUUCAGGUACAGGCCACUGUAGUGGGGCUGCUGGCUGCCAUAGCUGCUGUCAUCCUGGGAGCGAUCUCAAAGGGGCACGUGGAGCUGAAUCAGGCCGCAGUUCUCUGUGCGAGCAGCGUGACUACAGCGUUCAUAGCUGCACUCUCCCUAGGUCUGGUGAUGAUCGGCGUGAUCAUCGGUGCGAGGAAGGUGGGGAUAAACCCAGACAACGUCGCCACUCCCAUAGCAGCGAGCCUUGGAGAUUUGAUAACCCUUUCUCUGCUAGCAGGAAUCAGCAGCACCCUCUUUAAAUACAUAGAUGUGAAAUACCUUUCGCCUCUGAUCUGCACUGUGUUUGUUAUCAUGAUUCCUCUUUGGGUUGCUAUUGCCAAGCAAAGUCCGUCUAUUGCUGAAGUCCUGAAGUCUGGAUGGCAGCCGGUGAUUGUUGCAAUGAGCAUCAGCAGCAUUGGUGGGCUGAUCUUGGACAAAACUGUAACUGACCCAAACUUCGAAGGCAUGGCGGUUUUUACACCCGUGAUUAAUGGUGUUGGUGGGAAUCUGGUAGCCAUCCAAGCCAGCCGCAUCUCCACAUUCCUGCACUUCUGGAGUAUGCCUGGAGUCCUGCCCUACAAGAUGAGGCAGAACUGGCCUAAUCCAUGCACUACGUUCUUCACAUCAGGGGUGAAUUCCAAGUCAGCCCGUGUCCUGUUCCUGCUGGUUAUCCCCGGACACCUGGUGUUCCUGUACACCAUUCGCCUCCUGCAGGGCGGCCACACAGCCAUCACCCUCACUUUUGUGAUGUUUUAUCUGACUGCUGCUUUGCUGCAGGGUUCACUUGCUUCGUAUCUUCGAUGUGAUAAAAACCUACUAGCUCUCCAAUUGACCAGGGAGAUUUCCAAGGAAAACGAGGUGGGAAUCCUGCUCUACCUGGCUGAUCUAAUUGUGCGACUGGUGUGGAGGAAGGCCCUGGAUCCAGACAACUUCUCCAUCCCCUACCUCACUGCCCUGGGCGACCUCCUGGGCACGGGAUUCCUGGCACUUUGCUUCCGCUUGGUUUGGCUCGUCAAUGGGACUGAGAUGAAACUGGGAAACUAAGAGGACGUCUGCUGCAGCACUGGCCCAUUGCUGCUCCACCAAGCAAGCCAUUCAGUAUGGUGCUUUAACAUGGUCCAACAUGUUUGUUAGAGACUACGUCUCAGACUAAGUCUUUAAACUGGACGGGUCUGCUAUCCUUGCCCUCCCCUAUUGACCACUGCAGUGCCUUACAGCUGUCGAAUUCAGAUCAAAAGAAGCAGCACCCGUCUGGACUUACCCAGCUUUGAAAGCGACCUAGCCAUCCUAAAACAGUACACGCUGCCCAUGUGUGCAUCUAGAAAACCAGGGGUUAAGGAACACAGGUCAUAUCUUGGGAAAUCUGCAUUUUGAUUGGCUUAAAAAUGUAUGACUGUAAUCACCUGGUAAGUAGGAGACUAAUGCACACUCCGUUGAAGUCAAUGGGAGUCUUUCCAUUGUCUUCAGUUAGUCUUUGGAUCAGAUCCUAGAUGAGGAUGUUGCAAUGUCUCUGAUCAGCAGUUAGAGCCCAAGUAAUAUUUUCUUGCCUCCUCCCUCCCCACCACAUCUCCGGGGAGGGAGAAUCAAUAAGGGCCUUAAAAUUCUCUCUCCAUAAUUUCUGUAUUCAGGGUCUCAAAGAGCAUGUUCCCCAUUGGAUUGCAACGCACUGAAAAAUCAUCCAGGGCAGGGCCUGCCUAAACAAACAUCUCUAACUGACAAGGUGGAUUAUUCUUUGUUUGACAGUUUAAGGAACAUCUGUUCAGUAGUUUUUAUGGUUUAUUGAAACACACAAAUAAAAUGUAAACCCUUUCGUAGUUUGGGGCAGGUUAUUGCCAUUAUUUUGUUGCUGCUAAUCACUGUUAUUGGCACUGGACUAAGGAACUGUUCGAUCACUAGCACCUAGACCUGCACGGUAUGGACCCUUCACAGCGUGGGCCACAUUUCAGCUGGGAUACAUAAUCCAGCCACCCCUUUUAAAAAAAACACCAUAUAGCAUAGAAAUGGAGGACAGGGUGGGACCUUUAGAGGCCCUCUAAUCCAGCCCCCCAAUCUGAGGCAGGACUAAGUAAACCUAGACCAUCCCUGGCAGGUGUUUGUCCAACCUAUUUUAAAAGCGUCCAGUAGGUCACACUGUUGAUGGUUGUUGAUUUGUGUAGAAAUCUUUGGUUGGUCGUGUUCCCCAGCCCUAAGAGAGGAAGCGUGGAACCGUGGUUGAGGGCACUAGCUUGGGAGUCUAAAAACCACAGUUCAGUUCCUUACUCUGCUACAGCGCUCCUCUGUGACCGUAGGCAAAUUAUGUGGGGCCAGAUUUUUAAAGAAAUGUAGGCACCCAAAGAUGCAGGUAGGCAGCCAAGGGGAUUUUCAGAAGUGCCUUGGUGCUUUGUCUGCGGGACGUUGAACAGAUGCAGCAACUAGAGAGAUUGCAAACUGAGUUUCAGUGGCUUAAAGAUUGAAUCGAGCCCUAAACUUCUGAUCUGGCUUUUGAGCACCCUAAAGUUUUAGAUUGAGAUUUUUCAAAGGAGCUUCUGAGAAUUAGGCAACCAGCACCAUUGAAUAUGAACAGAUUUGGGUGCCUAACUCUGUAAGGCCCUGUUGCACAUCCCAGCCUUAGUGCUGCCUGGAUCUUCCUAUGACAGACCAUUAUAAAGAAAUAUAUUUGCAAAAUUCAGAUCCCAGUUUAGCUUGUGAACAUCCCUAAAAUCCUGGGUUAUUCAGCUCUGCGGUACUGCUUGAGGCCGUGUUCUGUCUGAAAACAUAGCUCCAGUGACCCCUUUUUCGUUCACAACUGUAAGUGCUGCAGCCCAGGCUGAAUGGAACAUUAGCUUCUGGGAUGGUUGCAUUUCAGCAUUCACGUCACAUUGUCCUCUAAUCACGGCCCUUUAUGCAUUAUCUAACCAUCUGCCGCCUGUGUGAAGUCAGCACAAUUCAGUUUCAACCACGAGCGGACGUGUGGUAAUUGCAGCAGCGUAGACAGGAAGACGGGUUACUUGCAUUCAAAUUGAAACAUCAUUAUCAUGAGCAAUUUCAGAUGUGCGGGGAAGGGGGCGUCGUGCAGUCUAGAAGUUUGCAGAUCUGAAGCCCAUAACCAAUUUUUUUUAAGAAGUGACUGUGAUGCUGGCUUGAGAGCCCCUACAGAACAAAGUCCUCCCGCCACAGAACAGGUACGGCAUGGGCAGCAGCAGGGCAAACUUCCUGCGCAGACUUUCUAAGGAGUCCCUUGUCUUUGCUAUCUUCCCUACGAGGGUGGGGGUCUAAGUGACUUAGGCAAGCUUCUUCCUAGUGUGUUAGCACAGUCCAGCAGGGGCAAAAAAGAACCUACAGGUGGGAUCCUAAUGAGACAUCUUUUCCUCUUUUAAGAAGAGCACUAAAGAGGUGGUUGCUCCCAUCAUCCGACCCUACAGCAGUUUUUCCUACAGAUAGUCACCUGGAGAAAUUCACGCUGGAGCAAAGGGCCAGCACAAGCCUAAUGCACCCAGGUUGAGGACUUAUUUGGUACUGGCCCUCUGCAUGGGCUUGAAUUUUACCCCUAGUGACUGUGGGCCAGUCACUCUCCUGAUUUAUGAUUCCCAGUAAAUGACUCCAUGGUUGCUCUUAGAAUUUAGAAGAAUGAAUUAGUGCUUUAAUUUUUUUUUAAUAAACAAUAUUUCUUAAUGACCAGCUUCUUCUGGUUGUAAAUAUUGACAGUGUCCUUGGGCUGGAACAUGUAAUCAGUCCCAGCUGUGUGCUAUUUAUGUAAAAAGGGCAUGAUUGUCAAGCAAAUGUUAUACCUUUUAGCUGACGUGUUUUUGUGCAGGAGGGUUUGGCAAUCCCAGAUGUGUCUCAGUGGCUGAAGCCAUAUGCCUGGGACAUAAAUGGCACUGACAGAGGGGCUGCUCGCUAAGGUCUGGCUGUAUUGAAACGCUUGCUGUUUGGCCAAGCAGCAAAAUAAUUGUGUUGCUGUACUGGAAGGAACAGAGUUAGGGCUUAAAAGUGGUUCUUUUCUAUCCUCCAGAGAUAUGAUAUAACACAGCGGUUCUCAAACUGUUGAGCAGGACGCCAAAGUGGGUUGUGACCCCAUUUUAACGGAGUCGCUGGGGCCAGCAUUAGACUCAAUGGGGUCCAGGGCUGAAGCCGAAGUCCAAGGGCUUCAGCCCAGGGCAGCAGGGCUCUGGGUCUGGCUCUGCUCCUCCACGCCCCCAUCUGGAGUCAUUUAGUCAUUUUUAUUGUCGAAAGGUGCAAUGAAGUUUGAGAACCACUGAAAACAGGAGAAAAUGGUUUCUGUGCAAGGGGCUUUUUAAAGUGCAUAUUAAAGGGACAUUUAUUGGUCUUCUAACCCUGUUUUCUCUCUCUCUCUCUCUCUCGAUAUGUAUAUAUAAUCAAUCAGACCCUUAUUUCAAAAGAGCUUCUAUAACAAGACUUAAGCUUCAGUGCUAAGGCAGCAGUAAGUAGGCUGAUGUGCUUGUGACCAAAUUUGAAAAUGGGCCUCAAUGCAGGGAAAGUACAAGCAAGUCUCUUUGUGGUAUAGACCUGAUCUCGGUGCUAAAUUCUUACCUCAUUUCUGGGAUUUAUCGCUGCCAGAGGUCCUGAUUUGCUGUAUCUUGCUUUUUAUAUUGUCAGUCAUAUCUGUGCAAAGUGGAUUUUCUACCAUUCUGUGGUGGUGGUGUGUGUUUUGCACUUGCUUUGCAGAGAUAUUCUAAUACAAAGCUUAGUGCAGUGGGGAAACAAGCCCCCAAAACGCAGACCUGCAACUGUUCCAGGCAUAAAAAUCCUCUUGGCUUAAGUGGAAGUUCUUUGCCUAGAGCACUGGGACUUCUGGGUCCCAGAACUAUGAGUAACUCCAUGAAAAGCCACGUGAGCCUGUAUUUAGAUGUAUCUAGUAUCCAAUUUUAAAAGGAGGAAGGGGCAGAGUCCACUUUUCUCUCAAUUUUUAAGCCUUUCUUGUAAGAACAGUGAAAAACACGGAUUGCCU